AUGGAUCGCAACUACGUACAUGGAGUGAAGCAGGAUCAGCAGAAUUGGGGCGGCUAUCCUUCUGGGAAUUUCUAUCAUCAGGAGUAUCAGUCGACCCGCCAGAGAUCACAGAGCCCGAGACAGAGAGCUCAGACCCCUCGUGGCAGAAAGUCUCCACGCAACAAGGGAGGUGGCAAAGGCUACGACCAGUACAGCUUUGCCCCAUUUCCGCAGUUCCCGCAUGGACCCUUUCCACCACAGGCUCAACAGAUGGCACCGCCUUUACCACCACCAUCGACGCCGCCACCAUGGAUGCAAAGUCAGGUACCUAUGGUCCAUAUGAUGCCUGUACCCAUGCAGCCUCAGCCCAUGGCAAGCAAUGCAGUGAUGCCUCAGCAGAUGCACAUGCCUGCACCUACGUUGCAGCCCAGUGCGCAAGACCAGGCACAGAAGGAACUCAUUGCCUACCUCCAGAAGCACUCUGCCGACCUUCCUCCCGACAUCCAGCAGAGGGUGCACAAUACUUGCAGAAAGGAAGGGAAAAGAGUCAUCAAGGACCUCGAGACGGCAGCCAAAGCUCUGGGAGAAGCGCGCACGGUGUACGAAGAGGCACUUUUGGCGCGCUCACAGCAUAUCAACACCUGGAAGGUUUUCUUGGCAGAGGCGGUCAAAAAUUGGUCAGACUAUGGCAAGCUCUUCGCACAACACGAAGAAGCUCUACAAGCCAGGAUUGCAAUGGCCAAAGAACAGUUCCAAGAUGCCAAGGAUUGCAUGGAGGCUUCCAACAUCUCAGUUGGGAAAGUGGUGGUGCAAGAGUUGAGCGACGAAGAGGACCUGCCUGGGGAUGCAGGCAGAAGCCGCCUCGCAUUUCAGCUAGGCUGGCUGUGGACGACCUUAUGGUGCCACAGCCGACAGCCCGAUGUCUCUGAUCUUCCAGCGACACUUGCACUCAAAUGGAGUCAUUCCAUCAUGAGCAAAGACACCUUCCUCUGUGAAUGUGGGGCCAGGGAGAAGGCACAGAAGCUUGCUUUGGACAUCGCCUUGUCUUGUCCGCAGGUUCUACCCAGUGGGCAUUUUGCUCUACCUCCUUCCAACAAGUUGAAGUCGUCUCUGCGUGUGGGCUUUGCAGAAAGUACAGACUUACACAUUUGGUUCGAGGGCGAUCAGCAGGUCCAGACUUUCAGCCUUCCUGAGGCCUUUUUCGAUGGUAGAUCCACCCCCUGGAGUGGUUGCCCAAAGGUUGCUGACAUGAAGUUCAGCAGAUUCCAAGUACGUCCCUGGCAUGAUGGCGGUCGUGCACGAAGUUGCAUACCACACACAGCCAUUGAUGGUGGGGCCACUGCACUCAAGGAUGCGAUCUACCAGCACAAGAUCACGGAUCAUCAUUUUGACAACCCUGCUCGUCGACUUCAACAAGAAGAACCCGAUGAACCUGAUCCUGACAUCAUCCCGGACAUACAAGAUGCUCCUCCCUUUGCGCAGGACUCGCAAUCCUUGGCAGACAUGCAUCAGGCAUUCACAAACCCUGAUGGUGAGGGCAUCCUUCGACAGUUGAGUUGGAUGAAGACUGGAGGCGCUGGGAGAAUGACAUCAUUGGCGCAUGGAGAACGCAUCUUCAAGUUGGAGCCAGUGUUUUUCUUCAUCUCGUCGCUCCAGAUCCCUACAGAGGUUAUCUUCGCAGAGAAACCCAUGGAGAUAUCAUCAUCACACAGGGCAAUGAGAUUCAAAGGCGAGCUGGCCUCAUCACUGUCCAUUAUCAUGGAGGAGAGACAGAACCACACUCCUAUGCAGUGGCCUGUUCACUGGAAUUGGUUGUCAGUGGUUUCAGAUUUGCAGAAGUCGCAGAUGCGGGACAAUGGUGCCAUCUCCCACAAAAUCGAUGCACGCUGGCAUAUGGAUGGCAACAAAUACCGUUUGACCACCUGCCAAGACAUCAGAUGCACAGUGGAGACUCGGUCACCAUUACCAUCACACGCACAGCCAUGGACAGCAGAUCACGACAUGCUCUACCUCCCCCACAAGAAGAUCUCCAUAUUGAUGAAGCACAACAUGGACGUGAACAUGACUAUGAGGAUGCAGGAAAUUUUGACUACCCAUCAGCUUCACCACAGCCCCCAGAAGAUGCCUCAACAUCAUCAUCAGACCAACCUGAAGAAGAAGUUGGAGUUCACAUCUACAGACUGGAAAAACCAGAUGCUCAUUGCUACCUUCGAUGGGAUACCUAUAGAAGAAUUCUACUUGACAUUGUGCGGUGCUUACGUUUGCCUCGAAAUGACAUCGUUGGCAUGCAUUUUGUUCACGCCCUUCCAGUUGGAGUACAUCCCAGUGUUGGUCAUACUUCGACUUCUUGGCUUUCAUGAAUACUGCGAGCUUCAUGCCGACAAAUGCACCAUCUUCGAGAACAACAUCAUUUGGCCGGCCCAGGAUCGCACUGUUCAUGCAAUCACUCAUGGUACAUAUCUCCGGGUCAUCAUCCCACCGCCAGAAGACCCGACGUUGGACACAGAAAUCGCCAUUGCGAUCACAAGGGACCUCACCAUCGAGGAGACAGCACCUUCACCCCCUGAGCGGCCAGCAAUCUGUUCGACUGCUACCGCAAGAUCAGGAGGAGAAGGAGACAGCAGUGCUUUUUUCCAACAUUCCCUACAACUUCAUGAGAAAGCUUGCCAGGCUACACUGCGCGCAUUGGAGCCAACGAACUGGAAAGUUGCACCAGAGCAUGUUGUUGGGCACCAACUUCCACUCUCCUCAGAGGGACCGGCAUUACCACCUCCAAAUCCGAGACCAACCAGCAGGUUCUACGGAAGAGACUUUGACACCUUGAACAACCUCUUCACUUCGAAAGCCUUGAUCGAAUGCGAAGAGGAGGGACCCAUUGCCUACAUCGACACAUGGUACCUUCACCAUGGUCGGCAACCUCAAUGUGAAGAACCAAGAGCAGUAAAGAUCUUUCAAGAUCCUGCUACAUGGAUUUCAGACAUUCUUCAACCUUGGAGUGAUGAAAUUGAUCCCACCAUAGACAUUAUGAUCUACCUGGUGCGACCUUCACCGCCUUGCACACCUAUGGAAUGCAUUCUGGCACACUUCAUCAUCGAACAAGCUCCACGACCUGACUGGACAGUUGCACUGAUCACCAAGCAUGAGGCGAGCUUCCGAGGAGUCACAGUCACCCACAAGGCUUUCUCCAUAUCCACCCUCAUGAAUGCAAGGGCGAUUAUCCGACUUGCAAACAUAUGCAGUCAGUGUGCGAUGCCAGAUUUUGCAGCGUUCGCAGAGGGCAUAUCCCCUUUGACCCCUGGGAAUUUGACAUCGUGGAGCCGGGCAGCAACCUCGUGA